AUGCGCUUCUUUGCUCUCUCCCUCGUCGCGCUGUCGACUUCAGUGCUGGCCGCCGACUGCGACACUGGCUACGACUACAUCGUUGUUGGUGGUGGCCCCUCCGGUAUCAUCACCGCUGAGCGACUUUCCGAAGCCAACAAGAAGGUCCUCCUCCUCGAACGCGGCCAAAAGGGUCCUACCAUCGAAACCGGCUCCAACCACACUCUUCCUUGGGACAACUCUCUUACACCCAUCGACGUCCCCGGUCUUUCCGCUGCUGUCGGUGGACUGGACAUCUGGAAUGAGUACAUGUGCGAUGACACUGCUGGUCUCGCCGCUUGCGUUCUCGGUGGAGGUGUCACCGUGAACUACAUGGUGUUUGUCCACCCUCCCGAGCGCGACUUCAACGACAAGUGGCCCAAGGGUUGGAAGUGGAAUGAUAUCAAGCCUGCCGCUGAGAAGCUGUAUGCUCGUAACCCUGGUACUCUUGUGCCUUCCAAGGACAACAAGAAGUACGACACUGGUCUUUACAAGACUCUGUCCAAGUUCCUGAACAAGGCUGGAUGGAAGUCUGUUGACAUGAUCAAGCAGCCCAACGAGAAGCACCAGGUCUACAGCUGGCCUUCUUGGAACGUCCAGGACUCUCUUCGUGCUGGACCUGUCAGGACCUACCUCCCUCUCGCCGAGAAGCGCGACAAUUUCAAGCUCCAGAUGGGCACCAAGGUCAUUCGCGUUGUCCGAUCUGGCUCGGUUGCUAAGGGUGUCGAGGUCGAGACCGCCGAUGGUAAGAAGGAGAUCAUCCGUCUUUCCAAGGGUGGUCGCGUCGUCCUCUCUGCUGGUGCUCUCUCUACUCCCCGUCUUCUGAUCAACUCUGGUAUCGGACCCAAGAAGCAGAUCCUCAACGCCAAGAAAUCUGGUGUUACUCUUCCUUCUCAGCGCAACUGGAUCGACCUUCCUGUCGGUCAGGAGCUCAUGGACCACCCUAUCUUCUCUUUCAACGUCAAGACUGAUGGCAAGUGGGGUAUGCUCGACACUGACAGCGUUCUCAACGGUACCGACACCAAGAACAUCAAGCUCUUUGAGGACAAGUCCUCUGGUGUUCUCACUCAGGGCCGUCACCGUCUCAUCUUCUUCACUUCUCGCAAGGGAUCAGAUGGUAAGACCCGCUACUUCCAGGGUUCUACCUCUGCUGCUGGUGAGGGUGUCAUCUCUAUCAAGGUCUACCUGACCCACGGUCUCACUUCUUCCGGUGUUCUGGGUCUCGGUGAGGAUGGCAAGACUGUCUUCGAGAAGAAGCCUUACCUUACUACCGAGGCUGAUACCAAGGCUGCCAAGGCUUUUGUUGAGGAGUUUAUCUCUUCCAUCACUGAUGCUUCCACUGGUUACACCCUUCAGGGUAAGACCAACGCUACUGCCAUUCUUGCUGCUCCCCAGAACGGAAACCACUACGUUGGUACUGCCAAGAUUGGUUCAGUUGUCGACACCAAUGCUAAAGUCUAUGGAAUGGACAACCUUUUCGUCACUGACGCUAGUAUCCACCCUGACCUUGCCACUGGCAACGUCCAAACUAUUGUCAUGGUUGCUGCUGAGGCUGCUGUUGCCAAGAUCCUGGCCAACUAA